GGCCGACGCGACACUGGGCGUGGUCGCGUUUUGUUUGCGCAGUCGCCACAUGGGAACAAGCGGCGACAAACAGCGGCACUCGGUUCUCGCUCCCAUAAUUUAUGAUUUAGUCCUCCAACCCAUCUUCUCGCGAUGGAUAGGCCAUCGACGUCCAAAUCUCGUGGAAUUUGUAAGUAUUAUACGACUCCUCGUGGCUGCUUUUCCGGGAAGAAUUGCAAGUUUCUGCACGCUGAUCCUGAAGUCGACAAGGGUGUGAGCGCCCGUUUGACCUCCUAUGAUCAGUCGAAGACCUGUCGGUAUUAUGCUCGAGGCUAUUGCAAACGAGCUGAGAAAUGUUGGUUCCUGCACACACUACCACGAAACCAAGUCGGGGGAACUCUGGACAUACACGAUGUCGUUGAUCCUAUAGACGAGUUAUGCUCAAUUUGCUUUGAGAAACCAAGUCUCUACGGACUUCUAGCUGGGUGCAGUCAUGUCUUCUGUAUCACGUGCAUCAAACGAUGGCGAGACCCAGUGGCGAAGUCGCUAGAUAUGGUCGACUCAGGCGUACACAAGAAAUGUCCGAUGUGUCGGUCACCCUCCAGCUUCAUAACACCGUCAUCGUUGUUUUACACGAAUGAGGACCCUCGAAAAUCGGAAACGAUCAAAAACUACAAGGAAAGUAUGGCCAGAGUGCCGUGCAAGUAUUUCUUACACUCCAGGACCAAGAACAAGGCAAAACCAAUUUGCCCUUUUGGGAAAGAUUGUUUCUAUCAGCAUCUUAAUGAUGAUGGUACUCCUUAUCUCUUUCGUGAUGGUGUAGAAGCAUCCAUGAGAAGGCUUCGACAGCCGUUGUUCAGUCACAUAAAUUUAUUCGCUGAUAUCUUUGAGAGCGUACGGCGUGAUGAAGAUGGGAAUUAUGAUUGGAUCAAUCGUCUACUCGAGGAGCCUAAUCUUGCACAACUUCAGGACACUUUGCAAGCGGUUCGAGACAGUCUUCAGGAAAUCGACCGCGCGAAUGAAUCCGGAGAGGAAAGAUCACGGAGAAACUGGACAGACUCUACGCAGAACAAUAUUGUCGUCAACGCCUCGGUUCUACCUGGCGUUGAAGCGUGGAAUCUCGACGGGGAGCGGCCAUCAACAAGUGUCAGACAACCUGUUCCAAUUUCAGUCACUAGCGGGUCGUUGUGGCCUGCCCUGGACACUACACGUUCCAAUGGCGGGGGCGAUGUUCAUAAUGAUGGCGAUGAUUCCGAUCAUAGCUCCCUCCCGGCGCUUCAAGAUGUGGAAGACACAGAUUCCGACGAUGCUUGGAGCACUACGGACGGUGAUUCAGGAGAAAACACACCCCCUCAAGACGACUUGAGCGACUUACGACGUGCAGCGCUGUCUUUGGCGCUUACUAUGUCGUCAAGAAAUGACCAUAGCGGGCAUCAGAUCCUGGAAUCUGUUCUGAACGAUCAGCCUCCCCAGCCAAUCUCUGACGAGAACGCUGGCCUGCCAGCUCUGGAAUUAACCGCCGAUGAGGGAGAUGAGGCCUGUGAAUCAGAGGAUACUUGGCCACGGCCUCCAUUUGUAACGGACGGACGAGGUCGCGUUAUUGGUGCAAGUGAUGGCAACAACGGGUCCGCGUCCGUUGAAGUCACAAGAAUUGAUGGAGGUCGGAGUAAUGGGGAAGAGGUCGGUGAAGAUUUGCCUAGGACAAUCUUGGGUAGGUUCAUGAACGUCUUUUUCUAGAUUUGAAGGGCGUUAUAAUGUGUAAAACGAUAUGUAGAGUAUUGUACAGUUUAUUGAUUUUGGAAUAUUAAUUCCCUUUUUGGAGAUGACAUCA